AUGGAGGUGGAGGCAGCGAGUGGCAGCGCCGGCGAGAUCCGGUGGUCGAAGCUGGGAACGUCGCUUCCCGUCGCGAACGUCCAGGCUCUGGUGGCGUCCGCCGGCGAGCUGACGGCCGACCAGAUCGAACGGUAUGUCCAGCCGGACAUCGACACGCACGCCGUUCUCCCCGAGCACUCCGGCGAGGUUCCGGUGAUCGAUCUCAGCAACCUCUUGAGCCCCGAGUCCGUCGAGGCAGAGGUCGCGAAGCUCAGGUUUGCCUGCGCCGAGUGGGGCUUCUUUCAGGUUGUAAAUCAUGGAAUACCAGAUGAGGUCAUCACAGGUAUCAAGCAUGAUAUUCAGAAGUUCUUUCAACUCCCGUUAGAAGUUAAGAAUGCCUAUGCUCAGCGCCCAGGGGAUCUUCAAGGUUAUGGCCAAGCGUUUGUUGUCUCCGAUGAUCAAAAGCUAGACUGGUCUGACCUGCUUGCCCUCUUCGCCCAACCAACCCAAGGCCGUGAUAUGAGUUAUUGGCCAAGUCAGCCCCAUACUUUCAGGAAUUCUAUUGAAGAUUACUCAAUGGAGCUGAUGAAACUCGCUCAAACCAUUAAUGUCUUCAUUGCCAAAACACUAGAUGUUGCUCCUGAACUACUGGCAGACAAACAUGUGGCACAAUUUCUUAGGAUGAGCUACUACCCUCCAUGCACGUCAAUGCCUGAAAAGGUUCUAGGUUUCUCACCGCAUUCUGAUGGAUCUUUUAUGACUAUUCUGCUUGAAAUUAAUUCGGUUCAAGGCUUACAAAUUAGAAGAUCUGGUGCAUGGAUUCCUGUGAAGCCACGUCCUGAUGCACUACUGGUGAAUGUGGGUGACCUUCUUGAGAUUUUGUCGAACGGGAAGUACAAGAGCAUUGAGCAUCGGGUCACCAUAAAUGCCCACAAGGAGCGACUAUCUAUUUCAGCAUUUCACGUCCCAACCUAUGGUGGAAUAAUUUCACCAAUUUUGGGAACUAUAGAAGAGAAGAUGUUAUACAAGGCAGUGGGAGUAGAAGAGUAUGCAAGACUUUAUUUCGCAAAUAAACUAGAAGGAAAGAAAGCCCUGGAUUAUGCUAAGUUAUCUGGAAUAUAA